AUGCCUUCUACCAAUAAUAACGAACCGUUAUCACCAUCGAUAGUGGUGGAAGGAACUAUUACUACAACUCCUCCUUCUACGACGACGACGACAAAUUUACUUGGUAGGAAUGUUGAACACAAAGUUAAUAUACCAACAACAACAACAACACCUCUUUCUAAUACACAACAACAACAAAACUUAUCCGAGCCUUCUACAGUUAUAAAUGAUGUGGGGAAUAACCAAACAACAAUAGCUAUUCAGCCUUCUCUCGAACCAAAUAAUCAACAGGAAGAGAGAGACCGUGAUUAUGAUGAUGAUGAGGAAGAGGAACCAGAUACAAAACCAAGAUCCCGUUUCCGUAGAUUUAUUUCGCAUCUGUUUAGUAAAUCAUCAUCAUUUCUGAUGGGAUAUAGGUUUGUAAACUUCCCUGGUUUGCGAGCACAUAAUAGCAUUAAGGACCCAUACGAGAGAUUAUCAAUAGCUUACUAUUCAGUGUAUUUUGUUUUCCAUCUCUUCUUCAGCAUAUCAAGUAUGUACGAAAUUUUAUUAUUGAAUAUUCAUUCAUUUACCCUAUUCAUAAAUUAUUCAUAA